AACGCCGGGCUUCUUCUCGUCGUCUGAGGAUGGCGGCGUUGACAUUCCCUCCUUCCUAGACCCGGGGGCUAUUGCCUCAGCGAAUCUUGAACUCUUACACACAACGCCAAACCCUGGCCCACCCCCGCCGCCGACUCCAGAAGGGAUAGAACAGUUGUUGCAGGCUGUUUCGAAACAGCCGACACAGGAUCGUGAUGCAGUCCUCAAGCAUACCAGGUCCUCCGUUCCUGGCCACGGAUGCUCGCCAAGGGAUUUCAACUACCUCCUAUAAUUCACUUCCUCCAAUUCAAGGACGGUACGCCAAGGCCACUAGCAAACUGUAUCACACUAUGCAAGAUGUGGUCAAACCAGUGCGAUGCCAGUACCGGGCCAAUGGUCGAGGACGCUGUCCGGAAAGAAGUCGACAUUAUUCUUAGCAAGUAUCGCACAUACGACCAAACCACCCUCCUCGGUGCCUUGCAGUCUAUCAUCAUCUAUCUCCUUCUCCUCAUAUUCCCUACCCCGGACCAGACCUCCCAGUCGCUCAUCUCACCCUCUCUUUUCAUCCAAAUCCAAACCCUUGGCUACUACAUCGCUUCCACGGGCCUUACGUUGCACGAAGAAUCAACACACGUCCGCCCUCUUUGGCCUAUUUGGGCACAUGUCGAAGCCAAGCGCCGUGCCAUGUGCUCUCUGUACCUUAUACAUUGGGCGUACUCGAUCUACCACAGCGCCGUCCGCUUCGACUGCGGCCGGGAGCUGUCGCGCAUGCCCGGCCCGGGAGCCAAGUUCCUGUGGUUGGCGAGCGACGAGCAGAGCUGGAAUGCGCUGUAUGAGAGGUGGCUCGCGCAGUGGGAUGAAGGCCAGGGACUAAUGUUUGCCGAGUUCGUGGGAAUCGAUCCGGGUGUUGUGAUGAAUCGCAGGGCUGAGAUCUGGUUGGAGGACGCGGAUGAGCUGGGGUUCUUGAUGCUGAGUCUUGUUAAUGCAACCGAAAGAAAUGUAUCACGGGUGCUUGGGGAAUCUUAGAAGAGAGCCAAUUUAAUCAUAAGCACGACUACGGAGGUUGAUAAAACGUCACCCCAAUUGUAACAUUACGAUAUAUAGAUGUUAUACGGUGGUUGCGAUUCUGAUUGGUGGCUAAGACAUGACUUUCGCUUUUCGCUUGCUA